UCGAUCGUGCACUUCCAAAUCAAACGGCAGAGAGAGGGCCCUCGAGAAUCUUUAUAUGCACCAAGAGUCACGAGCUUCUCCAUACGGACGUCUCCCGCACUUGAAACGUCAUUUCAAUAUGCAUGUAACUGGGCACCUGUUAGACCCGUUUCUGCUGGGAAAUAUCCAUGUCGCUGGAACGGUUAUGCGACGUGAGCAGAAGUGGCAGGGCGAAGUGUAAUUGGUCGGGACUCGGGACUCGGAAUGCAACACAUAAUCGGAGGCCGUCUCCUUGUUGGCUAGACUCGACUAUUACACAAAACGCAAGGCCAAUCGUUCAAUCAUCCUCUGCCCCAUCCUCCCCCUCCGUAUCCUCCUCCUCCGUGUCCUGCUCUCCGGACACCCGCGUGGCGACAUUCUCAAAGUUCCUUGUAGCCGUCGGCCCGGCCUCUGCCUCCGUCCCCGCCGCCGCCGUCUCUUCAGCCCCCGCGGCUGCAGUCUCGGUCGGAACAGUGGUGUCUUCACCGGCCGCUGCAGUCGUAGUCUCCGCGCAGUCUGCCGUGGUCUCAGUAGCGAUCGCCGUCCCGCCUACCGUCCCACUACCAACUCCACUAGCAACAAUACCCUCACCCGCCGCGGCAGUGGUAGUAGGAAACGCCUCGUCCGCGGCCGCAGUAGUAGUAUUUGCAUCAUCAUCCCCGCCGCCAUUUCCGCCUCCAUUUCCGCCGCCAUUUCCGCCACCGUUUCCGCCGCCACCGCGGCCGCUGUUGGCGCCGUAGAGGAUUCCCCCUAACAGGCUACCCAGCAGGUCGCCUAUGCCGCGGAUGGAAACGGAGUUCGGUACCGGCGAGGCGAUAGUAGUGGUGAGCCCCGCUACGGCGAGGAGGGUGAUGAAGGUGCGAGGGUGCAUCUUGAGUGGAUACGAGUCUCCGAAGAUAAAUUGCUGGUG